GCUCACUGAAGCUGGCAGACAAACUGUUAACGGAUAUGACGCGUGUCUAACAGUCCCGCGCCUCUCCAACUGUUUCCUUCCUGUGUCAACUUUACUUUCACUUUGAAGGAUGGUGGUGACGCAGCUUGUUUCCUCCACCUGCACCUCCAGCUGAAGAUGAAAGUGUGUGUGAGUUGAGCAGCAUGAAUCGGUGUGAGGACAGAGAGGAGGGAGUCCCUCCCUCUAAAACCACUCUGUGUGGGGAACAUGACAGCCAGACCAAAGCUCAGAGGAUCCAUCAGAGACCAGACUCUGCUGGACCUGGACCUGGACCUGGACCUGGACCUGGACCUGAACCCAGCUGUGUGUCCUUAAAGAGCGACAGGUCAAAUGAUCGAUACAUUGAUUUUAAAGUCCAUCAGCCCUCUGCUGCAGAGAGGAUCCAUCAGAGACCAGACUCACCUGCACCCAGCUGUGUGUCCUUCAAAAGUGACGAGUCAAUGGAUUGGUCUAUUGGGUUUAAAGCUGGACAACAAGUGGACCAGGAGAGCUCAGAGGUUCCCAGUGGUCAGUCUGCCCAGCAGCAUCAAACACACCUGGACUCCAUAUUUAUGCUGCUGGAGGAGAACAUCCUCACUUUUGUGAAGAAGGAGCUGAAGAAGAUCCAGAAGGUUCUGAGUCCAGAUUACCCAGAAUGCUUCGAGAGUCAGAGGGAGGAUGAGGAGGUGUUGGAGGGUGAGGAUGAAGAGCAGAGGAGGAGCAGCAGAGAGGCAUUUCUGAAGAUCACACUGCACUUCCUGAGGAGAAUGAAGCAGGAGGAGCUGGCUGACUGUCUGCAGAGCAGAACUGUUGCUGCAGCGUGUCGACGUAAACUCAAAUCUAACCUGAAGGAGAAGUUCCAGUGUGUGUUUGAGGGGAUCGCUAAAGCAGGAAACCCAACCCUCCUUAAUGAGAUCUACACAGAGCUCUACAUCACAGAGGGAGGGACUGCAGAGGUCAAUGAUGAACAUGAGGUCAGACAGAUUGAAACAGCAUCCAGGAAAGCAGACAGACCAGAAACAACCAUCAGACAAGAAGACGUCUUUAAAGCCUCACCUGGAAGAGAUGAACCAAUCAGAACAGUGAUGACAAAGGGAGUGGCUGGCAUUGGGAAAACAGUCUUAACACAGAAGUUCACUCUGGACUGGGCUGAAGACAAAGCCAACCAGGACAUACAGUUGACAUUUCCGUUCACUUUCAGAGAGCUGAAUGUGCUGAAAGAGAAAAAGUACAGCUUGGUGGAACUUGUUCAUCACUUCUUUACUGAAACCAAAGAAGCAGGAAUCUGCAGGUUUGAAGAGUUCCAGGUUGUGUUCAUCUUUGACGGUCUGGAUGAGUGUCGACUUCCUCUGGACUUCCGCAACAAUGAGAUCCUGACUGAUGUUACAGAGUCCACCUCAGUGGAUGUGCUGCUGACAAACCUCAUCAGGGGGAAACUGCUUCCCUCUGCUCGCCUCUGGAUAAACCCCAGACCUGCAGCAGCCAAUCAGAUCCCUCCUGACUGUGUUGACAUGGUGACAGAGGUCAGAGGGUUCACUGACCCACAGAAGGAGGAGUACUUCAGGAAGAGAUUCAGAGAUGAGGAGCAGGCCAGCAGAAUCAUCUCCCACAUCAAGACAUCACGAAGCCUCCACAUCAUGUGCCACAUCCCAGUCUUCUGCUGGAUCACUGCUACAGUUCUGGAGGAUGUGAUGAAGAGCAGAGAGGAAGGAGAGCUGCCCAAGACCCUGACUGAGAUGUACAUCCACUUCCUGGUGGUUCAGACCAAAGUGAAGAACAUCAAGUAUGAUGGAGGAGCUGAGACAGAUCAUCACUGGAGUCCAGAGAGCAGGAAGAUGAUUGAGUCUCUGGGAAAACUGGCUUUUGAUCAGCUGCAGAAAGGCAACGUGAUCUUCUAUGAAUCAGACCUGACAGAGUGUGGCAUCGAUAUCAGAGCAGCCUCAGUGUACUCAGGAGUGUUCACACAGAUCUUUAAAGAGGAGAGAGGACUGUACCAGGACAAGGUGUUCUGCUUCGUCCAUCUGAGUGUUCAGGAGUUUCUGGCUGCUCUUCAUGUCCAUCUGACCUUCAUCAACUCUGGAGUCAAUCUGAUGGAAGAACAACAAACAACAUCCCAAAGGUCUAAAGUCUUCAGAUACAAACCUAAACUCACACAUCUCCACCAGAGUGCUGUGGACAAGGCCUUACAGAGUCCAAAUGGACACCUGGACUUGUUCCUCCGCUUCCUCCUGGGUCUCUCACUGCAGACCAAUCAGAAACACCUACGAGGUCUGCUGACACAGACAGGAAGUGGCUCACAGACCAAUCAGGAAACAGUCCAGUACAUCAAGAAGAAGAUCAACCAGGAUCUGUCUGCAGAGAGAAGCAUCAACCUGUUCCACUGUCUGAAUGAACUGAAUGAUCGUUCUCUAGUGGAGGAGAUCCAACAGUCCCUGAGUUCAGGACGUCUCUCCACAGAUGAACUGUCUCCUGCUCAGUGGUCAGCUCUGGUCUUCAUCUUACUGUCAUCAGAAGAAGAUCUGGACGUGUUUGACCUGAAGAAAUACUCUGCUUCAGAGGAGGCUCUUCUGAGGCUGCUGCCAGUGGUCAAAGCCUCCAACAAAGCUCUACUGAGUGGCUGUAAGCUCUCAGAGAGAAGCUGUGAAGCUCUGUCCUCAGUUCUCAGCUCCCAGUCCUCCAGUCUGAGACACCUGGACCUGAGUAACAACAACCUGCAGGAUUCAGGAGUGAAGCUUCUUUCUGUUGGACUGCAGAGUCCACACUGUGCUCUGGAAACUCUCAGACUGAGUGUCUGUAACCUCUCAGAGAGAAGCUGUGAAGCUCUGUCCUCAGUUCUCAGCUCCCAGUCCUCCAGUCUGAGACACCUGGACCUGAGUAACAACAACCUGCAGGAUUCGGGAGUGAAGCUUCUUUCUGUUGGACUGCAGAGUCCACACUGUGCUCUGGAAACUCUCAGUCUGUCAGGCUGUCUGAUCACAGAGGAAGGCUGUGCUUCUCUGGCCUCAGCUCUGAGCUCCAACCCCUCCCAUCUGAGAGAGCUGGACCUGAGCUACAAUCAUCCAGGAGACUCAGGAGUGACACUGCUGUCAGCUGGACUGAAGGAUCCACACUGGAGACUGGACACUCUCAGGGUGGAGCCUGGUGGAGUCCGAUGGUUGAGACCAGGUGUGAGGAAGUAUUCCUGUGAACUCACCAUCGACACAAACACAGUGAACAGAGAGCUCAAACUGUCUGACAACAACAGGAAGGUGACACGUGUGAAGGAGGUUCAGUUAUAUCCUGAUCAUCCAGACAGAUUUGAGGGGUGGUGGCCUCAGCUGCUGUGUAGAACUGGUCUGACUGGUCGCUGUUACUGGGAGGUCGAGUGGAGAGGAUGGGUUGAUAUAUCAGUGAGUUACAGAGGAAUCAGGAGGAGAGGAAACAGUGAUGACUAUGGGUUUGGAAGGAAUCAUCAGUCCUGGUGUCUGAACUGCUCUGAUGAUGAUGGUCGUUACUCUGUCUGGCACAAUAACAGAGAAACAGAGCUCUCCUCCUCCUCCUCCUCCUCCUCCUCCUCCUCCUCCUCCUCCUCCUCCUCCUCCUCCUCCUCCUCCUCUGGUAGAGUAGCAGUGUAUGUGGACUGUCCUGCUGGCACUCUGUCCUUCUUCACAGUCUCCUCUGACACACUGAUCCACCUCCACACCUUCAACACCACAUUCACUGAACCUCUUUAUCCUGGGUUUGGGUUCUUUUCUUCUGGUUCCUCAGUGUCUCUGUGUUCUCUGUAGGAGUGAGAGUCUCCUCCUGUUAGAGAAACCUUCUCACUGCUGAACACAUGAGUUGAGUGUGUACAGGAUGUCACACAGCUGAUGUUAGUUCUGUCCCACCAUGUGUCCCUGGUUAGAUUCUGGUGGGGGACCUUUGCUUUAUGUCCCACCCCUCUCUGUCUCUCUCUGUGUCCAUGUUUGCUGUCUGCAGCCCCGACGUAUCUGUAAAGGCAACAUGUAAAUGAUGGAUUAUCAAAUCAAUCAUUGUUUAUGACACUGAACUUCUGAACACAUUGUCCCUGACUGUGUGUGAAUAAAGACUUUAUACUGCUGACUCAUCA